AGAAAAGAGAAUAGCAAAUGCAACGCCAUACUCGUACCGUAGCAAAUGGAUUCCAUGGAUCUUGCGCGCGCUUUUCUCGUUGGCUCCGCUUCCAGUCCACUGCCCCGACGAACCAGCCAGCCGGGUUCGGCCCCAUCCAGCCUACAAAGCGGGCCAUACAGGAUGCGAAUUUGCUCGAACAAGGUGGCACAGAGGCCCUGCAGCUAGACGAAUCCGUACACACUUGGAGG